AUGCUUAUUGUAAUUUUUGUUCUAUAUGAUGAUUUAAGAAUUUUUCUAUAUUAUAGAAAUGUUUCACAUGAUUUACAAUUACAGACAUUCGAUGAAUAUCCAAAUCAAGAUUUGGAAGUAAAUGAAAACUAG